CCCAUGUCGCCUAUGCAGUACGCACGAUCUGGCCUGGGAACAGCAGAGAUGAAUGGCAAACUCAUAGCUGCAGGUGGAUAUAAUAGAGAGGAAUGUCUUCGAACAGUUGAAUGCUAUGAUCCACAUACAGAUAACUGGUCCUUUAUUGCUCCUAUGCGAACACCAAGAGCCCGAUUUCAAAUGGCCGUACUCAUGGGCCAGCUCUAUGUGGUAGGUGGAUCAAAUGGACAUUCAGAUGACCUGAGUUGUGGAGAGAUGUAUGAUCCAAACGUAGAUGACUGGAUUCCUGUUCCAGAACUGAGAACUAACCGCUGUAAUGCAGGAGUGUGCGCUCUGAAUGGAAAGUUAUACAUCGUUGGUGGCUCUGAUCCAUAUGGCCAAAAAGGACUGAAAAAUUGUGAUGUAUUUGAUCCUGUAACAAAGUCAUGGACAAGCUGUGCUCCUCUUAACAUUCGUAGACACCAGUCUGCAGUCUGUGAGCUUGGUGGUUAUUUGUACAUAAUCGGAGGUGCGGAGUCUUGGAAUUGUCUGAACACAGUAGAACGUUACAAUCCUGAAAAUAACACCUGGACUUUGAUUGCACCCAUGAAUGUGGCUAGGCGAGGAGCUGGAGUAGCUGUUCUUGAUGGUAAGUGUUGGGAUUCGGAGAGAUGA